CUACUUCAUCAAAGUAAAAUACAAAUCAAAAACACAAGUGAUAUUUAGAAGGGAAUGAUUCUUGAGUUGAUUAGCAUAUAUGAACAGAGACAACCCCCUAAACUGCAUCAGUUUUAAGAUAAACUGACUGCAGUGGAAGAACACUCUUUACUCCAGAUCAAGACUUCCCUGAAAGCAUUUCUACAAUGCAGACAAUGGAGUUUGCCAUCUUAACUCUUUUUGUGUUCACAUCUACUCUGUCUUCAGGAUGGGCAAGACAUGUGGAAAUUGAUCUUCACCGCACCACACCGCAAACAUCUAGCCCUCCAAUAAUGAAUAACAUGUGCAGUGAUUGCAACAGGAUUGUACGGUCAUUAAGGGAAAUGCUCUCCAAUCAAGACUCACAGCACCUUACUGAAGAAGCUCUCAACGAGUUGUGUUAUGAAUUCCCCUCUAUGCUUUGGUGCACGGAUGGAGCGAAUAAAUAUCGACAUCUGAUCAUACAAUAUUUCAGUGAAUUAGCAAAUCACAAAGAAGGUGACAUAUGUUCAUUGUUGGGACUAUGCAGCAUCCGGUCAGAGAGAAAAGUGCUAACUGUUGGUUUGAAUGAGUCUGGCUUCCUUUAUGCAAAACCCUUAAGAGGAACUAGUGAAGAGGUUCAUGUCAAUCCAAUCUGCACCUUCUGCCUGUUCAUCAUAAAGACACUGGAGGGCAUGUUGCCAAAAGAAAGAACGGAAGAGGCCAUUGAGAAGCUUCUAGAGAAAAUAUGUACCUAUUUGCCAGCACAAUAUAAGGACAAGUGUGACAGCUUUAUAGAAACAUAUGGAAAGAAGAUUAUUGAUCUUCUAAUUUCCUCCGCCCCUCCACAUGCCAUCUGCACUUUGCUGGGGCUGUGCCUGUUCCCAGAGACACCGACACUGCUGUCCACUGUGCAAACAGACUGUGAUUCCUGUAAGAUACUAGCAGUUUUGUCCCAGUUUCAUUUGGGCCACAACAGCACUGAGAUCCAGACCUCUGCCCUGCUGCAGAAGAUAUGCCACCUUAAUCCAAAUGCUAUUCCUCAAUGUGAAGGGUUUGUGAAGCUUCAUGGCCUCAGGGUGCUGAAGAAUCAGGCAAAACAACCAGCCAUUACUGCAUGCCAGGAGGAUUACAUUUGCAGGGGACGCAACUGAAAUCACCUGAUUCAAUGCAAACAUUGUCCUUCCGCAUAAACGCAAGGGACAUUAUGAGACGUUCUACUACACUUAAGCGCACAAACUGGACUUGACUUUUAAAUAGCCUUCAAAUGAUCUUUACACACAUAUCAGUUUUUAAUGUGAGCAUGUUCAUGUCAAAGGUCAGCAACAUUGACAAAAUAGCGUUCUCAAACUUACCGUGUAU